AUGGUCAAGUCGCUCGUGGCCUUGGCAUUUGUCGCUCUCAAUUUGGCGAUCUGUGCCUUCCUCCAGGGCUGUGGUUCGGAGACCACCGCAGCGGCCCCCGUGGCAGCAGCUACUACCUGCGACAUGACCGCGGUGGCAAGCUGUGCGCAGACGGCGAGUACAAGCUCAACGGACCCCUGUCAGAUCUCCUCGGCCACAAUCGAAUGCUAUUCCAGCUGCUGCACAUAUGCUGAAGCGCAAACAGCCCUGGAUGCAGCUGUCUCUGCUGCAGCAGCAAUUCCGAAUUGCAAUCUUGUGUGGACGGGCGCCGCGGCGCGGCCAGUGAUCAGUCUGAGCAGCCGCUUAGCGAUUGUGGUCGCUUGGACUCGAGGUCGCCCUGAGAAUGACUUGCACUAUUUCGAUGUUGAGGCGUCGCCUCCGGCUCCUUGUUUCGCUGGGCUGCUUGGCCAAGACACGGCACCCGGUGGCGCAGUCGCGGCCCGGAUGCAUGGUAUUAACGGUCGUAGUGACGACAAGAAUGAGUUGCGCUACUUCGAUGUGGAGGCACAGAUCUGGCACCGGGUCGCGGCCGGCAAUGCUCCAUCCCAACGGAGUGGCCACAGUGCCGUGCUGGACGCCCAGCAGCGGAUGUGA